UAAUCUUGUCUUGGGAUGAAUAUUCCAUUUCAUUGCAUCUCCAAGUUCGAGGAGGAGGAUUGAAGGGUUACACCGUCAUUAUGCAGUACAACAUUGGACGCGCAAUAUUCGCGGAGCGUCUGCGAUGAUCCGUCAGUUCUCCAUUAUCGUAUCUCGCACUUAUACCUGAAGCGUGUGCAUUGCAUAGAGGCUCGUGCAUGCUAAACCCGACUGGACAUCCCCCUCACGGCCUUACCCCCUUGUUGCGCGUUUUAGACUUUCACCGCAGCCUCCUCGAAGUCGUCUCGUCUGUUUUCCGAUAUCUAUUCUUGAUAUGCACUGAACCACGCGACCGAACCGCGAAUGACUAUCUGAACGUCUUCGGGUCCCUCGCGCCGCCAUCAACGAACCGAACUCCUCGCUAUGGCGCGAUUAUGGCUGGACGCGACCACCGACGAUCCGGAAGAGGUCGCAAACCUCCCGAUACCUCCAAUCCCGGAAGGGCUUGUCAAAGAUGUUACGACACCGCGCCCAAUGUCCUUACCCCCUUCAAGGCAAAUCAGAAGGGCAAAGCGGUCGUCAAAACAUGAUUCAUCGCAACCCGCCGCUCCAGAGGUCAUCUCCACAUUGAUCGAUUCGCUCUCGAUGUUGCAGGUACCAACUCCUGACCAAUUCCAUCAUUGGGCAUCGCCUUCUGGGGCAAGCGUCUCCACGCCAUCAAGUCCUAGUGCAUUUCAAACGAGAUAUGAAGAGGUCGAUACCGAUGCGGGAAGUAUAUAUGGAGGCGGUUACGGUUCGGGGAACACGGCCCGAAACUCGAUUGCUACCAAUUGCUCGAUGCAUAAUCAUUCGGUUCACGAUGGUGACUUCUCGUCGAUUGAUGACGCGGCCGAACCGCCCGUUGUGCGCACCUCAAAACCUCCUUCAGGCCGCUCCCCCAUCACAGCUCCGAAAUCGCCGAGGAAAGAGCACGGAAUGCGCAUGUAUUUGAAAUCUGGCUCUCGGAGCGCGACAUCGCUCGCCUCGUUUCGCGAUCGGGAUGACGAUGCCCGGAGUAUCGGCAAUAUUAGCAUCGAGGCCACCACUCCAACAUUACCAACACACGGCGGGCGGCAGUCAAGCGAGCGCAGGGGAAGUGGUACUAUAAAUGGAGGCCGUGCAAGAAGUCUGAUAUAUAUGGGUUCUAGAGAACGGUUGCGAGGAAAGGAAAGGGAUGCGGAACGGAGACAAUCGACUCAAUCGAGAGACUCUAUACUGUCUAUCUCUGAUGAAGCUGUGAAGCAGAUGCUAGCCACGCCAUCAAUACAAGAAGAAAGGGAGGAAAGGGAGGGCCCGAAUGUGGUCGAGAAUCAAGAAGGGAAGAAGAAAAAGAGGUCUAGCCUAAGACUCGAUAUCAGGAGGACGCCAUCGUCAUCGCGCUCUGGACAGGCGAAGCUCGAAUAUGGCGACUCUGGAAGCCCAACCGUUCCACUCCGCCGAUCUUCCCUAAGACAUUCCGACAGCCCAUCGCAGCGCAAAUUGCAAAUCCAAGUCCGACGGUCCAGCCGGCAAAUUCCAUCUAAAACCGAAACGGUUUUUGAAGAACCUUCGAACGCCGACGAUGAUCUUGAAAACUACACCAGCCCGCCCUCGACAGCAGAGGCUGCUGCGGAAGAAGGGGCGACCACGAAUGCCGAUUUCGAAGAUGUGGAUACGCAAGUGACAAAGCGGAUUAAACAAUUAAAGGCGCAGAAAGUCAUCCGGGACCGGGAGGCAAGGCUAUCGGCAGACACCUCAGCCUCUAUGCGAUUAUCGGCAGAAGAGCAGCUAGGAAAUCGAACAUCAGGGGAUGUCUCAAACCUGGGGUCUGAUCAUUCGCACAGCUCAAGUGUCGAUAGCUGGACGCAAGAAGAUGCGCAAGCAGUCUCGGACAAGGCACAUCGGGUGCUCGGACGUAUACACCAAGCUGGCGACCCAGCCGAACAUAACCUAGCAGAGCCUUUGGCCCUAGGAACGACGCUUCCGGCCGACGUGGUUCCGAAUCAUACUUAUCUCACCGUUUCUCGCCCUCAUACUCACACCAUAACCCAGUAUGCUGUUCGAGAUACCCACCCUGACCCAGUUUCCACCGACGACAGACGCCCUACCACCCCUCAGACUCCCUUCGAGGUUCCCAUCAACUACAACUUUGUCGUCCAAUCCCUCGACAAGGUCUCUACUCACAGCUCCAAGUCCUCCGCCCGAGGCUCCUUCGGCGCUUCCUCAUCCUCCCGACCUCUAUCUUUCGGAGCUGGUGGGCGGUCCGCACUGGGACGUCAGCGGCCGAGCCAGUCCAAAAUUCCCGAACUCCCAUACCAUCCCAAGGUUCCCGACAGGAAAACAUCGCAAGGUGCUCCGGAGGAUGUGAGCAGCUCAAGCACCAGCGCAAAGAAAACAAGCACCGAAACUUCCUCGACGGUGACCACCAAACUUUCGAAACCUAUCGCUCUCCAACCGCCGCCUGUGCGUCGUCCGCCACCCAAGACACAGCGUUGGUCACAUCCCGAUCUUCCUCUACGCGUAGACAACACGUAUACGCAGCGACAAAAGUCAACCGAUCCCUCCAAAACAGCCAACAAAAACACAACCUCCAGCCACUCUACCCCCAAACCCCCGAAGCCUCAAUCUCACAAACCGAAACCGAAACCCGAGCCCCUCCCCGAACUCCCUCCCCCGGCAUCGCCCGUCGAUCCCGUCGACCUGGCCGUCGACCGGUUCCUAGCCGCGCCACGGCUUUCACGUCGGGUGCGGCAUCCCCAAACGGGACGGGUGAUCUGCUUCUCGGAUGUGGGUGAUCCGAGGGGCCAUGCGGUGUUCUGCUGCGUCGGGAUGGGGUUGACGAGGUACGUGGCGGCGUUCUAUGACGAGUUGGCUCGGACGUUGAAGUUGCGGUUGAUCACGCCGGAUCGGCCGGGAGUGGGCGGGAGUGAGGGAGAUGGGAAUUCGACGCCGUUGAACUGGCCUGGUAAGUCGGUUUACGUUCAUCAACAGGUCGUCCCUGUUUUCUUUCGCGAAUUACCGUUUCUUUUCGGGAUCGGACUAUUCCUUUGAAGAAAGCAUGCUGACGGAUACAUGUAUAGACGACGUCACCGCCAUUUGCGC